AUGAAGAUUUCCUCCCUGCUUAUCGGCAGCGCGUGGUCUUCAAUAUCGAUAAUUGACGAGCCGCUGCCGGUCAGGGCGAUUGUUGGCGAAACCGUCACCCUUCCAUGUGCAGUUGAUGGACUUCCCAGCAAGGACAAGAACUCGGUUCAAUGGCUCAAGGGAUCUACCGAAAGGGGGUACUUUGCUCUUGGUUUUCCUCCACUUGGAAUUGAAAGAUUUACCCAAAAAGCAGGAGACAACAAAGAUUACUCUCUGACAAUCGACGAUGUCCAAAUCGAAGACGAAGCAACAUUCGAGUGCCAAGUCACGAAGCACCAGCUCCGCUCCCGCCAAGCGCAUCUUACAGUUCUCCAACCGCCACAAGAUGUGAGCAUGUUUCCCGUGUCCGACGGUCGGGGCAACAGAUGGCCCGAGCUUGACGAGAAAACUGGCGUGCUCUCCGUCGUUGAGGGCGAAGCUACGAAAUUGCGGUGUGUUGCUAGUUCUUCCAAGCCUGCUACUGCUCUUGACUGGUCUUUAUCAGGAGCGUCUAUGAACGGCACAGAUUCCAUUUCCGGCGAAGUCGUGAAAACAACAGUCUCCGAAAUGACAUUCAAGCCGACCAAAGAAGACCACCAGAAAUUCGUGACGUGCAAGGGAAGAAACGAGGCGCUGGAUGAGCCUGUUAUCCGUGAAGUCGUGCUCAACGUACUUUCAAAACCUUCGAUUGCCGUUGAACUCUCCAGUGACUCUACUGCAGAAGGCGAUGACGUCACAGCUAGUUGCCGGACUUCCGCUAACCCUCCAGUGGCGGCUUCGGACAUCCUCUGGUCAGUCGGUGGUGUACGCGUCGAGAAUGCUUCCGGUCCAACGCUCAUGCUCAACUCGGUCAGCUCGGAUAUGGAUUUGAAGCUCGUCGAAUGCAGAGCGAAAAACUCAAUUGGACAGAGUUCUGGUGCCACUCCUCUCCGAGUCACAUAUGCGCCAAAAGCAGUCAAAUCAACUCCCGAACGCGUCGUUAUGGAUCAACUUGAACGAGCCGCUCUCAAGUGCGAAUUCGCCGGAAAUCCGAAACCCGAGAUCACGUGGUUCAGGUCUCAUGAUCAGGAAACACAGAUCGGUGUGGGGGAUUUCUUAGAGAUUGCGGAGCUCAGUUCUUCUCAUGCGGGUGAGUAUAUUUGCUUGGCGGAGUCGAUGCUUGGCAAGGCCAGAUCGAGCGUCACCUUGGCUGUUCGUGGACCACCAGUUAUUACCAGUCAAACAGUACAAACCGGAGACACCCUGGAAUGCGCCUUCAUCGCCGAGCCGGAACCAAUCUUGGUCCAAAUCAGGGAUGUUGCAGUUGCCGAUCAAGAAGAAGCGCUCGUUUUCAAAGGAACUCCCGAAGACUUCAAGAACUCGCAGCUUUCGCUCCUCCUCGAGCGCGGCCAGUACGAAUGCAUCGUUGGAAAUGAACUCGGCCAAGUCUCCAAACUCAUCAACCUGAAGGAAACCGGGCUACCACUGGAAGUUAUUCUUGGUACCGUGAUUGCUGUGGCUCUUCUUCUUGCGGUCGCUGGAGCAGCCCUUUGGUUGCGGCUUCGCUCGAUGACCCGAGGUCAGUGUUACAAAGCAGCUGAUUGGGCGGGCGCUGCUGCUGGUGCUGGUGUUUCUGGAGCUACCGCUGGACAUCAUCAUUCGCGGAACGACGACCACUUUGCCACCGAGAUCUCUUGCCCUCAGCUUCUCCGAGAAUCCUCAACCAAGUCCGUCAACGAAAUCAACUCGACUUCAUCCCAUCAGUCGAAAAAGAUAGCUUCUGUCCAAGGAUCGCGAGUCGGACAAAUUCACACACAAUCAACAGGCUCUGCAAUCCACGAUGAUGGCUAUGGAACCGAGUCAGGCUCGAACAACAAGAACUCAGAGGACUCGAGUCAGAGCGAGAGCAAUUCUGACUAUGAAGUGUUGGUUUGUACCCUCAACCAGUCGGUUUCCACCGGAAGCGAGCAGAUUCGAGUCGUUUUCGAAGGGUCAGACCCGUCCAACGCAACUUACUUUCCUGAGAAUCUUCGCUGCCAAGCUGCUAAGCUCCGUCAGAAGCAACUUUCAAACCAUCAAAGACCGAAGGCUAGAUCAGUCAGCCAAGUCUGA